CGAAAUCUAAGCUCUCGACCACCCGCUCGCUCGCUUCGUCCCCUCAUUCGAAGCCCCGCGAGCACGGAGCCAACAGCGAAGGCGUUGCAUCUGGAAACCCUAGAAUCGGAUGCGGCGAUCUCCAUUCCUCUCCUCUUUUGCUACUUAUUAGAGAUCCUCUUCUAAAUCUUCCCCUCCAUCCCAUACCCUUUACCACUUUCUAUCUCGCUGGGUUUUAAUUUUUUCGUCCCUUUUUAUCAACGUAGUUUUUUUUUUUCUUCUUUUUUCCAGGAAGAAAUCCAAGGGUUUCGGCCAUACGGUGCCGAGGAUGUUUCUUCCCGGAUUUCGCCCUUUUGAGUUUCCGGUUUUUUUUUUCCCUCUAAUGACUUUUUUCUGUUCUGGAACUAGGGUUUCUCGUUUGGCUCUUGUCUGAGCUCCGAUCCCCCAAACCAACCCCUAUGCUACAAUCGUUCUGAAAACUUUUACUGAUUUUGAAGACAAUCUUGAGUUAUUUUUAUCAAUCUUAAGAAGAUGUUGUCUCAGUACCCUGUGCUUGAUAAUAAACCUAUUGACCAAUGGAGGGUUACUGAGCUUCGAGAAGAGCUUCGAAGAAGGAAAUUGGCUACUAAAGGUUUAAAAGAGGAGUUGGUUAAGCGAUUGGAUGAAGCCAUACAAAAAGAAAGGCAAUCUGAAAAUGCAGGAGAAUUGGGUAAUGGUGCUGACCCCAAUUUAGAUUUAGAAAAUAAUACUGAUGAGGAAGAUGUAGAGCUGGAAGGAGCAGAUAAUACACAACCCCUGUUGGCUGAGGAUAAUAAUAUUGAUAAAGAUGCAUCCAUGGUAAACAUUAAUCUUGGCAUUCUUGACGGGAACCAAGGAAGUGAAGGUCAAAGUUGUGAUGCAAUUGAAGUUGCUUCCUUAGUUGGGGCAGAUGAAGAGAAUGCAGCUUCUACAGAUGAAUUGAAGGGUAGUGUAGUUGUCAACCAGAAUGCAGCUCCUUCUCAUUCUGGAAUGAAGGGUAUGGAUGCCAAGCUUGGGAAGUUAGAGGAGUCAAAGCCUCCCAUACGUGGGACAUAUGAAGAGAAGGAAGUUACUGCAGGUGAUCUGGAGGGCAUUUCACUGGCCAAUCAGAGUAGUACUGCCCAAUUUGGCACGCAAGACGAGGAUGCUGAGCCUGAGGAGAAGUUUGAGGAGUUAAAUCCUCCCUUAGUUGAGACAGAUGAGGAAAAGGCAGCUACUAAAUAUGAUUCGGAGGGCAGUGCACCAGACAACAAGAAUAUUACUGCCCAAUCUGGCACACAAGUUGAUGAUGACGAGCUUGUGGAGAAAUUUGAUGACUCGAUGCAUCCCAUAGCUGAGACAGAUGAGGAGAAGGCAGCUACUGCAGAUGAUUUGGAGGGCGUUGCAUCAGUAAACCAGAAUAUUACUUCCCAAUCUAGCAUGCAAGGUGAGGAUGCUGAAGCAGAGGAUGAUUUUGAGCCUCUCAUAGUGGAUUCAACUGUCAUCCAGUCGGAACAAAGCAAUCAGGUAUCUGAGAUCAGCCAAGAUUUAGGAUUUCAAGUAAAAUAUGAAUCAAAUUCUAUCGAUUCUGUAUCAAUUAAUGAAAAGAAUAAUAUAAAGGAUAACUUGUCUGCUGAUCAUUUCCCUUUAGAACUAGAAGUUGUUAAACAGGAAGUGGUGCAAUCAUCAUCCAGCAGCUACCGCACUGGUACUAGAGAUUUCUGCAUGGCUGUUGAUGAGCAAGAGGAAGCUAAGUACCAUGACGUUGGUGAGCAAGUGGGUGUUAAUAUUGAAGUCUCUGAUGGGCAAAAAAUGGGUCAGAACCACUCAUCAGAUGAACAUGAGGCAAAUGACAGAAAUGUAGCCAAUGAACAAUAUCUUGUUCAGAGUUAUGUUUCUUGUCAACAAGAAGUGAGUGAGAAGCAUGUGUCUUUGAAAGAUGCGGAUAUAGAAGAUGCUUUAACCCUUGUCUUUCCCAAGAAGGAAGAUUGUGUUGAAGCAGGUUCUCCUGAAAAAUUGAAUCUUGAUAGGAGUUCUGGUGAUGAGUCAAUGGAGGAGGACAUGUUGGAAAGUAAGCUUAUGGAAGUUGAUACCAAGUCUGAGGAACCAACUAGCAAAAUUGAGGUAAAAGAGGUGGAUGCUGAGUUAGAGGGAAGAGCUUCUGUUGAUGCAGUGAGCAAAUUUUCUCCUGAAAUGAAAGCUACUGCUGUAGAAGAUGUUAAGCCUGCAGCUCUUACUGAGAAGAGAAAGAUGGAAGAAACUGAAGUUGGGAACAAUGGCGCUCCUAAGCGUCGUCGGUGGAACCCGGAAACCAUUAAGGUUCCUGAACAGCAAAUACCUCACCUCAACAUAGCCAUGACCCCAAAGAAUAAUGCACAACCAACACCUCGUCGCACAUUCGGUAGGUCUAAUUCGACGCUCAGUGCAGAUUCCCCUAAGGAGCGCGUUGUCCCAACUCCGAAGAAACCUGCCACAACUUCCCUGAGAAUAGACAACUUUCUUCGUCCUUUCACUCUGAAAGCCGUUCAGGAAUUGCUUGCACAAACGGGAAAUGUGUGUGAUUUCUGGAUGGAUCAUAUCAAGACCCACUGCUAUGUCACUUAUUCCUCGGUGGAAGAGGCUGCAGAAACCAGAAAGGCUGUUUACAACAUCCAGUGGCCCCCAAAUGGUGGACGUCUCCUUGCAGCAGAGUUUGUUGAUCCUCAAGAGGUGAAGUCACGAUUGGAGGUUCCUCCACCAUCUCCAGCACAAAUCAGCCCCACUCCAGCAACUCCUAAGGUCCUUCCUCCCCAUCAAAAAACCCAAGCCCCUCAACCAACUCAUCAGCAAAACCUCAGGCAGCAGCCACUCCCUCCUCCACCUCCACUAACUCACCCACCGCCGCCGCCACCACCGCUGCUUUCUAACCCUCCACCUAUUGCAAGAGAGCAGCGACUCCCUCCCCCUCCUCCAAAGAAGCCUGAGCCACCUGUGGUGACUCUAGAUGAUCUUUUCAAGAAGACCAAAGCAACUCCCAGGAUCUAUUACCUACCAUUGACAGAAGAGCAGGUGAGCGCGAAGUUAGCAGCCCAUGGCAAGAGCAAACAGGUUUAGUGCUUCGUCUUUUGUAGCUUGUUUGCUAUGUCAAUGUUGGUUUGUUCUUUCGUUAGUUGGUUGGUAGACACUGCAUAUGGUAGAGACAUUAGCCAAAGUCUAUAUGAUUGUGCUUAAUUUACUUAUCAUUUUCUAGGCAUGGAUAGCCAGUCUUUGUCCUUAAAAGGAAACAUGAAGUCUAUGUUCUGCAUUUCAUUUCUAACUAUGAACGAACAUGUUUUUUUUUCCAUUCUUUUUUACCUGUGAGAGAACCAAAAGUUGUUUGGUGGGAAUGAAAAGGUGAACUGAACUUUGGGUGUUUUGAUGAA